GGAAAUUAAUUGGUUGAAUUUUGAGAUGAAAUUCAUACAGGAAAAACAUAGAUUGGUCUUUUUAUUAACCACAUUCUGCUACCACAUUUAUAUUGCUCAGGGAAAGCGUGCUCAAGGGAUUCUUAGCUCCAAAAGGGAUUUUGUGUAUCUUGAUAGGUUUUGCUUUCAAUCAGACACUGGAGCUUUAGAAUACACAUUUCGAUAUCCCAUGUUCUACCCAACUCAAAUGCUCCUUCUAUAUUUUGACACCGAAGAUCAAUGGCCACGGGCGUAUAAAGAACUAAAUACGUGUGAAGACAGAGUGCAGCUCUUGGCAAAUCAUUCGGAGAAUCACCAAAUUAUUUACCUGAGCCCAUAUGCUUUGGACAGUUCAGGCAACGGAAGGUGUCAAAUUCAUUCUGAUGGGCUUGGACAACAAUGGAUAGCAUGCUCUGGGACAAGAGUUUUCAGAUCCGCAAGAAGUCGAUGGUGGUUUUUGGCAAUUGCAAACUGUGAUCCAAGCGAAAGUGAAGACCGAAGGCUCUAUAAUAAUGAAUCGAUUGGGAUUUAUGCUGAGUUUACUCUACAAAUGACUAAUGGAUUACCUACUGAAGUUCUUAAAUAUCAAUUUUCAAUUGAUGAAUGGCUCAUCCUUCCUUCUGACACCUUGUUCCUUGGACUUCAAUCCAUUUUGAUUGUAUGUGUGUUUCUAAUGGGAAAGAGUCUUUCGGCACGUCGUCUCUAUCACAACACGUUUCGCAUGUGCUCUCAGUCAAUCACUAUGAAUACAAUUGGAUUAGGGUUUCUCGUCACAAAUUAUAUCAUCUAUGCUAUUGACGGAAUCGGCCUACCGAUUAUAUUGACAUCGGGCCAGUUUAUUCGCGCGCUGGCAGACAUGUUGUUCAUGUACAUGUGCCUUGUACUUGCCCGUGGAUUAAAUGUGACAAAGAUGUUAUUAUCAUGGCUGGACAAACUUUUCCUAGUAGGAAUGUUCAUUGUGUUCAUUUGCUCGUAUCUUUUAAUGCAGUUUUGGGAAAUCAAGUUCUUUGAUCCUGCCGAAGUGUACGCUCAAUCGGAAUCCCUACCAGCAUAUCUACUAGUAAUUUGGCGUCUCACAGCGUGGGUCUUCUUUGUCGUUGCGGCUUUGAUGUCAAGAAGCGAUUCGCCGCAAAAAUCUGCUUUUUUCACAAGCUUCGUUUUUCUCAUGACACCAUGGUUCUGGGCACCACCAAUUUUCACAAUGAUUGCGAAUUUCUGCUUGAACAAUUGGGUUCGAGCGGAAGUGGUGAACAUUGUGGAUAACAUUGUGACAUUCUACGGAUACAUCAUUUUCCUGUAUUUAUCGCGUCCGUCAGAUAACAAUCAAAAUUUCCCAUUCCAUAUCAGAACUACACAGGUUGAUGUUGAUGUCGGUUUUGAUCCACAGAGGGCUUAUGCAGAAAACAACGGAAACCAAACGAAUGAUGGCAUGCACGGAGUUAUUGAGCUCACGGUCACAAACAUGAAUACUCCUGAAAAAGAUAGUGAUAGUCCCGCACAUUCAGACGACAGAGGUGUAUUGGAACGGCCUCAAAUUGCAUCAUCUUAAAUUUUCUAUGGCUUUGCCUCUUGCAAAUCAUUGUUUGAUAAUUGAAACGGUGUUUUAUUCCAUUCAAUGCUCAAUAUUUUGAAGCACACAUCACAUUUUUUUUCUAUUUUAUUCUAUAAAAACCAUCUUCAUUCAAUUAACGAAAUUUGUGUUGUUAUGAUUAGAGCAUAAAAUUCAGAUUUUAAAACCAAGUGAAAGAUACUUUGAUGCUCCUACAAUGUGCAAUCAAUGAUAUUCGAUGUCCGC